AGGAGAUCCCGGCUGGACGGAGAGCUUUGCUCGACAGUUACACCAAUCUUGAAAGAGUCGCAGAUUAUUGCGAAAACAACUACAUACAGCAGUACCUGCUCCAGGUGGAUGAUUGACCAACCAAUCCCGGGAACGAAAUUCCCCACGUUCUCAUGCCGGUCAGUCACUCUAUCAGGCCACCUGGUCUGUAGAUAAACAGAGAGCCCUAGAAGAAACCAAAAAUUACACAACCCAGUCUUUGGCGAGUGUUGCCUACCUGAUCAACACCUUAGCCAACAAUGUCCUCCAGAUGCUGGAUAUCCAGGCGUCCCAGCUGCGCCGCAUGGAGUCCUCCAUCAACCACAUCUCUCAGACGGUGGACAUCCACAAAGAGAAAGUGGCCAGGAGAGAGAUUGGCAUCCUGACGACCAAUAAGAAUACCUCGAGAACCCACAAAAUCAUUGCACCCGCCAACCCGGAGAGACCUGUGCGCUACAUCCGGAAGCCCAUUGAUUACACGAUGCUCGAUGAUGUUGGUCACGGAGUGAAGUGGUUGCUUAGAUUUAAGGUCAGCACACAGAACAUGAAGAUGGGUGGUCUCCCGAGAACCACCCCACCCACCCAAAAACCUCCAAGCCCGCCAGUAUCAGGGAAAGGAACGAUUGGGCGGCACUCUCCUUACCGAACCCUAGAGCCUGUUCGCCCUCCUGUGGUUCCCAACGACUACGUGCCGAGUCCGACACGCAACAUGGUGCCCACUCAGCAACAGAGCCCGGUCCGAACUGCUUCUGUUAUGCAGAGGAACCGCACAUACAGCAGCAGUGGGAGCAGUGGAGGCAGCCACCCGAGCAGCCGGAGCAGCAGUCGAGAGAACAGUGGCAGUGGCAGUGUAGGCAUCCCCAUCCCCAUCGCUGUGCCCACCCCCUCCCCACCCAGCGUCUAUCCAGCCCCUGCUGGCUCAGCUGGUACACCACCUGCCCCUACUGCCCCAUCUGCGCCCCCCAACCCUCUCCCUCCUGCCCCUGCCCCCUCUCCCACCCCUCCCUCGGAGGUGGCUGCAGGAGCCCAGCAGUCUACUACUGACUGCUUCACCUCUCCGACUCCCUCUGCUGCUGUAAAUACUCCUGCUGCAGUGACAGGUCAAACUCCCCAGUUCUACAGUAUGAACAGACCAGUGUCCCGACAUGCUGCACCAACAACAGGGGGGUCUCUGCCCUACAGGCGCCCUCCUUCAGUCUUAUCCCAGACCAAUCUGCAGAACCACAUCAACGGAGGCUCCAAUUACAACCAGAGUCAAGCCUCCCUUGCUCCCCCACCCCCCUCUGUCCUACAGAUAACUCCCCAGCUCCCACUGAUGGGCUUCGUGGCGCGGGUCCAAGAGAACAUUUCAGAUGCUCCCCCGCCCCCUCUUCCUGCGGACGAGCCUCUGUUUGACGAGUCCCCUCCCCCGCCCCCUCCCCCAGAGGAUUAUGAAGAGGAGGAGUCUGCGGUAGUGGAGUACAGUGACCCCUAUGCAGAGGAGGAUCCUCCUUGGGCUCCCAGGACCUACCAAGAAAAGGUUGUGGCGAUCUACGACUACUCGAGGGACAAGGAGGAUGAGCUGUCUUUCCAGGAGGGCUCCAUCAUCUACGUGAUCAAGAAGAACGACGACGGCUGGUACGAAGGGGUCAUGAACGGCACAACGGGCCUCUUCCCUGGGAACUAUGUGGAGUCCAUCAUGCAUUACGCCGAAUGAGCCCGCUGCUGCCCCGGCAGUGUUACUUUGGACAAGGGAGGGAACAGUGUUGGGGGAGUCCUUUUAAAUAUCCGAAAGGCUUGAGGAGAUCCAAAGUAAUGCACGCACACUUUGACAAAACAAAGAAAAUUGCAGAAUAAAAUGGAAGGUACUAUUGUAAUAAAACCACUGUCUUUUCUUUAUUGUACAAAGAAAUUGAUUGAAGUGGCGCGAGGUGAUUGAACAAAGCUCUUCCUGCAGUCGGGAGCAAUCCAAGAGGGCUGUUAAUAGGUUUUAUUUUUUUGGACGAGCAAGCUGACGUACUUACACCUGGAGACUCUGUGUGGGGGGGGUUAACUGCUUUUUAUACACUAUUUUACUUUUUCAGAUUCUUAUAUUUAGAUCAUUUGUAUACAGCAGUAUCCAAAUGGCAGAUGUUAAUGUAAAAGGGAUUGUAACCAUACCGGGUGACAGUUUCACUAGUGUGUUCUUUUUGCUUUGGUUGCAUUGUAGGGGGUGAAUACUGUACACUACAAACACUUGGCUUGAAACAGAAAUGCCUAAAGGAUUAAAGGAAGGAGCUGGCAUGUCUUUUCACUGCCAUUUGGUUAUGAAGAGUCAUUUGUAGGUUGCAGUUGUGUUUUCCUCAUCAGGUCUUGGGGUACGUAAUACAAGGUUAAGAGAUACUUCAUGUAUACAUAUUUCCAAAACAAGGUUAAAAAUAUAUACUUGAGUGCUGAAGUUCGUAGAACAAUAGUGUUUGGUAAUUUUUUGCAAAAAGCCAUGUAAUAUUUAAUAUUAUAUGAGGCAGCCCAGCCAAGCAAAUGGAUAUGAAUCUCCUUUUUUUUUUAAAUUUGUAAGGACCUGGAUAUCAAGUCACUGUUUUUUAAUUUUUGUAUCAUUCCCAUGCAGGCAAAUGUUCACAACCAAAUCACCACUGUAGGUAAGAUGAGGUCUUGAGAGGUAGUGGAUGAAUGGAAAUCUUAGUACCGUGUCGGCUCGGUAAACAUGGUGACGGUCAGUCAUGAAUUAAACCAUCGUGUUGACAUGAACGGAUCGCACUGUGUUUAGCUCUGGGAGGUUAGAGGAGAGGAGUACGAUAUACUCAUUAAGCAGCAAGGAUUAGGACUUAAAAGAUGGGAAGCUGCAUUGUUCAGAUCUGAAACCUACAUUGCAAAUCCAGAGAGAUCUUGGCUGUUCUGCCUUGCUUGCGUUCUACUGAGUUUUGCUCCACUCCAAAUUGCACCAAUUUUCAAGGAUACCUGAGAACAAUGUGUAAAAUAAAUCUGCAAGAGGUUGAGGGAAUGGGAAAGAAAUGCUGUUUUUAGUUAUGGGUUCCACCCCAAGCUAAUGAUUUGGAAAAUAUUCCUAAUUGUAAUUGUCCUUCUUGCUAAAAUUGUUUAAUCUUUAUUCAUUUGCUUUACAGAAUUUGAUUUCCUAUAUGUUUCUGAACUGUGCUGAUUUAUAUAUAUA